GGCGUAAUGUCCUAUCUAAGGUUACAACUGUUUUUAGAUUUUGCUUCAGAAGUCGUGCUAAUAAACUCUGAACUGGAGCUUUACCUAUGUUCAUGGAAACUUCUAAGAACCUAACACCAGAUGUUCAAAGAGCAUCAAAGAUAUUACGUCAGGUUGAAUUCUACCUAAGUGAAGGCAACCUAAAUCGGGAUAGCUUCUUUAGACAAGAAAUGGAUAAACGAGAAGAUAGCGGUAUACCAAUCGCCUUACUUUUAAAAUGUAAUCGUUUGAUUGCAAUGAAUGUAACUGAGGAUAUACUUAGAAAAGUUGUGGAAUCCUCUAAAAUCUUAAAAGUUUCCGAUGAUGGUAAGUUUAUGGACCAAGCGUAAAUUGUUUGAGAUUUGUGUAAUUCCACAAUCUCAUUUUAGUUAUUUUUUCUUUUACCAUUUAACUGAGUAAGAUUACUACUUCCUGUGUCCUGUAUCCGUGUAACUGAAUAAAAUUAUUGUUCCUUUCUUGAACCAACAAAAAUUGGAUGUUUCAAAACGUUAUAUAUUUUAAACCAAAUUGAAAUGUUUCAUUUGUUCUACUUUAAUCAAAACUUAGGUACAGCCAUUGUCCGAGUGUUACCGUUAACAGAGUUGGGACCUCGUGAAAAGAGAACGAUCUUGGUUACAGAACUGCCACGUUCACCUGUUGGAAUAAGUAUGAACGGUGAUGAGGAUAACAACAGUUCACAGAAAAAUUUGGAAUCAGGCGAUGCAAACAAUCUAAGCUGGGAAUUUAGUGACUGGAUUCGGAAUACUUUUGAAGAAUUUGGUGAAGUUCUUUAUGUCAGUCUACCUCGCUAUCAUAAUUCUGAUUCAUUUCGUGGAUUUGCAUUUGUUGAAUUUAAAACAUCUAAGUCAGCCAGGAAAGCUGUUAAACAUAUAAAUUCGACAAUUGAAAAUGAACAAUGGCUUGUAAAACCAACAGAAGCGUCUGAAUCAUCUGAAUGUCCUGCAUCUGCAUGGAAACCACGACUUGCAGCUAAAGCUUCCUUUUCAUUUGAGCAAAUGCUUGCUAGACGAUAUGUCUGGCGUUGUUGUUCCCGAAAGAAUAAACAGCUGAUAGCAGCUUUCAAACAUUUGCGUCAAGCUGGAUACACUGCUAUUAAUCCAUGCGAUAAAGAAUAUUAUUCCAUUAUACUCGGAGAUAGUUCUACAGAAUCUAUACUGAAUUAUGUCAGAGAUAAUAAUAGUCAUUGUGAACCGUGUCGAUCGAAACUACGCGUUUUUCGUUAUGCCGAUUGGAUAUUUUGGAAAGAGAAAUUCUACUUAUGGCAACAAGCAUGGAUUGCAAGAAUGCGUCGUAAAACGAGUGAAUUAUUCCAGGGAAAUGAUCACAUGAAUAAUGAUCAUGAUGAAAGUAUGGAAGAGAAAGAAGUAUCUUGUGAUGCAGUAGGAGCAGUAGUAGAUGCUGAAAUAUCCGAAUCUUCACUCCAGACCCAAACAUUGUCUAAGCCGAAAUCACUUCCAAAAGAUUAUGUCCUCAAAUCGGUUGUACAGAUUUACUGGCCAUCAAAUUUAGUUCCAACUGGGCAUAAAACACAGGAGACAUUCAAUGAUACCUUAUGUGACGAUUCCUUAUUAGCCCCGAAACGAUUAUCUUUUGCUCGAUGUUUACGUGUUAGCCUAGAGAAGAAUCUUCUUGUCCCAAAUGAUCUCUUACGCUUUGUUGCUCAUGUUGAUCCCAGUCCUGAUCAAAGUUUACUAGACAGUGUCAAUCAGUUUGGUUCUUGUAUCUGUAUUAAUCCUAAUGUAAAUGCAUCAUCAUCAACAUCACCGUCAGAUGGGGAUGAAUCAUAUCCUCUGUUCAUUCGUAUGAAAAGUGCUGAAGCUGCAGAGAAAUUACUUCUAUGUCUUCAUUCUUCAAAACUCCAAGGAGUAGUGAUGACACGUAUUCUCGAGGGUCCCAGUGAACAAGCUUAUUGUGAAAGUAUUGUCAAAUCGAAAGUUACCGCCGCCGAACGACAUCGAAUUUCACAGGCGAAAAAACGUCAAAAACAAAAGUCACAACAAAAUAAGCCGCCUACAGUGGUGUCUUCUACAUUUUGCACACCUUUGAUUAAAAAUGACUCGAAGCAUAUUAUAUUUGAUGAAUGAUAAAACUAUACGAGAAAAGCUCCUUUCUUUUUGUAAAUAUUUUUUCAGUUUUUUCUUCAAAAAACUACGUUACAGAAUUGUAUCUAUUUUAUAUUCAAAAGAGAAACUAAGAAUUAUAAAUUCAUUGAUUGAAAAU